CAUGAACCGUGGUAGUCAUGUGAAAAGUGGAUAAACAGCAUUUAAAGUUUUAAAUUUCUUCUUGAGAUCGAAAAAACCAACUCAAGUUGUGCCAGAACGUAGACAUUUUGAGCAAGAGGAGAUAAAAAAAAUAUUUAGAAGAUGUCUUAUAAGAUUGCGAACAAUAUAUAUUUUGAAUUAAGUAACAAAAGAAAUAGUGACUUAUGGGACAUCUUCUAAUUUGUAUGAUAUUUCAACAAGAGAUAGGUAUAAUAUUGAUAAGUAUAAUAUGAAGACCUGCAUUAUAAAGAUAUCUGUUCCCAUUAUCAAGAUCAUAGGAUUAGGAUGAAGAGAAAUUAGAGUUUCCAAUUAUUCAUCCUAAUAGUUUUUUAAAGUAAUUUUGGAAUGGAAUCUUCUUAUUAAUGAUGAUUUAUGUUGCAACAAUUUUACCAUUUAGAAGUUGCUUAUUAAAUUAAUUUUAGUUUCAUUUUAUCUUGACAAUUAAGUUUAGGCAUGGUAUUAUGCAGAUAUCGUAACAGAUGUAUUAUUUUGGUUGGAUUUGAUAAUCAGUAGCAUAUCAGGAUAUUAUGAUGAAGAAGGUAAAUUAGUUAAGAAAAGAAAGAUUGUAUUGAUGAAUUAUUUAAAAGGAUGGUUUACUGUUGAUUUAUUGUCUUGUCUUCCUUUGAACUAUAUAAUGGAUAGUACGAUAUCUGAGAAUGAUAAUAUGAAUUCAAAGAACAUUAAACUAUUUAAGUUAUUAAAAUUGCCAAGAAUGUAUCGAUUAUUAAAAUUAAUUCGAUUUAUUGAUAUAAUGAAGUAUUUAGGGAUUUCAGAAAUUAUGGAAUUCUUUCAAUUUAAUUAUGGAUUCUCAAGAUUAUUAUCAUUACUUAUAUCAGUGUGUUUAGUGAUCCAUUUUUCAGGAUGUUUAUGGUAUUACGUAGCAGCAUUCAAUGAUUUUGAUGCAUAAACAUGGGUUUCUAGAAAUAAUUUAACUUCAUCAAAUAUUUAGACUAAAUAUAUUGCAAGUAUUUAUUAUGCUUUUACUACUUUAACAACAGUUGGAUAUGGAGAUAUACAUUCAUUUUCUUCAGCUGAAAUGAUUAUUACUAUAUUUUUAAUGAUAGUAGGGGUUGGCUUUUAUUCAUUGAUUAUUGGUCUAUUAUCAAGUAUACUUUCACAAAUAGAUUAUAAGGGACAUAAACUUUAAUAAUAAUAAGCUAUUUUGAAUGAAUUUUGUGUCGAAAAGAAAAUAUCAUUAAAUUUAAGAGAAAAAUUGAAAGAAACUCUAGAAUAUAGUUUUGAUAAAAACUGUUUUACUUGGGCAGAUAAUAAAUAUAUAUUUAAGGAUCUUCCAAUUAAUCUCAGAUAUGAAAUCAUGCUGAAUAUCCAUAAUGGAGUAUUUGGAAAUAUGCAAUUAUUUUAAUUAGUGGAUGAUAAAUAAUUCUUAGUGAAGGUUGUUCCUCUAUUGAAACCCAUAUUAUUUUUAGAAUCAGAAAUUAUAUGGGAAUAAAAUAGUAAUCCUGAUGCUAUUUAUUUUAUUGCUGAAGGAAGAAUGAAUUUUAAAGCUGAUUUUGUUGUUAUUAAAUCAACCAAUCAAAAAAAAUAAUUUGCUUUUAAAAGCAUGAUAGGAGGAUCAUAUUUUGGAGAAAUAGAAAUAUUUAUGCAUAUUAAACGAGAAACAGUAGCACAAUGUGAAUCAUAAUGUGAAAUGUAUUAUUUGACUAUAACAUCUUUUGAAAAUGAGAUUUACGAUGAUUUUCCUCAUAUCAUGAAUAAAAUGAACAAGAUUGCUCUAGAAAGAAGGUAAAAGAAUCAAGAGACUAUUCAAUAACUUUAAUAAUUUAUUGAUGAUGCUACUAAAAAAUAAUUAAAAAGAAGUAUUUAUAAUAAUUGUAUAUAAAAGCAUAACCUAGGAAAAACACUGUUCUUCUAAGAGAAUACAUAAAGUAGAACAGUUAAAAGACUAUAGAAGAUAUUUAAUAAGAUGAUACUGCAAAUGAUACUGAACGUCCUUAGAUUUAGACUAAUAGAUCAAGACUUCAAGAUCUGUUUUAAAUCACUUAAGAGAUAGAACAAUUACUAGAUUGA